CAUAAUUGUUUCAGAAUGUUUCAAGAUAUUUUGGUAUAUUUUGACCAAUGUUUUGAAAAAAUAAUUCUUAAUUUUUUUAUUAUUUUGUUUCUGAAACACGUCGAAAUGUUUCAAUUUCCUAGGUGACCGAAAUAAUGGACCGAAAUAAAAUUUUGAUCCUUGUUCUUACCAAAACAAAAGUUAUUAUCUCAAAUUAAUCUCCUAUUAAAACUAUAUAAUAAUUUGCUAAUCAAACUCUUACUAAUAUUCCUAGUCAAAUAAAUAUUAUCCUUUAAUAUAAUAAUAUUAUAAUAAAUUCAAAUUAUUCAAUUUAAGUUUAUAUAAUCCAUUUUUGAUCUCCAUCAAAAAAGCAUCUGGAUCAAGAUGCAUAAUUCAAAGUUUUGUGCUUGAACAAAUGGGGUAUCUUAUGGCUACUAUUAGCUGUCCCAUUUCUUGUUCGGGAAUCUUGUAACAUUAAUCAAGAUUGUGUGUAUAUGAUUAUGUUUGGCCUCCAGUUAUAGGCUUUGUAAAUAUGUGUGUAUUACAAUCAAUAGGUUUAAUUACAUCAAUUGAUGGUGCCGUAUAGUCCAUCUCAUAAAGUAAUAGCUUGAGUCACUGUAUGUAGUAACAACUUACUAGGUGGUAAAAUGUCUUUAUGGUGGUAUCCUUUUUAUUUUUUGUGCUAAGAGAAGACUUUAUUUGAUAUUGGCUGCAUUUGUGUUAAUUAUGGAAUUUAAUAGCAGACCCCAAAAAUGUUCCCAAGGCUUUGUUGAGGUAAGCAGAGUUGAGUUUAAUAUGCGUAUUUUUUAUUUUGUAGCAGUAUUAAAAGGAAUUUUGUAGCACAGUUUAAUUAGAUAGUAACUCCAUUGACAAACAAUGGUUGAGCAAUUAUUUCAAUUCAGUUACUUUGCAUAUGGAUUUUCAUUCCUGCACCUACUCUUAGUAGGUGCUUAACCCCAUUGAUGAUUUAUACCAGCAAAAGAUGGUGAAUUGGUCAUAUUAACUAGUACUAGUAUAAAUUUAACUUAGUUUCAAGUAUGGUGUUGUGCUUACUAAAAGCCUGAUUAGUCGGGUCUGCCUUUGAAAUUAUACAAGGGAAGAAGGGUUCAUAUAUAUUUUCCUAUGAUAUUUCUUUUGCUGAUUCUGUCAUAUAAAUGAUGAGGCAGUUGUCAUAUCCUUUUGUUUUGUGCUUGAACGCAUUUUCAUACACAUAUUGUACGGUCAGGUGGCUUUAAGUAUCCGGUUGCAUUUGAUAUUUUUCUCCCUAUUGAUUGUAAGGUGCCACAUGAGAGAUGACCAGAUUGGAUUUCCAUCAAUGAAAAUGAUAUAGACUAUAAAGUAAAAAAUGAAAAAAAUAAUUUCUAAUUACAUAUCACAAAACGAUUUUCAAUCUAAUUGAAACAAAGCAAUUCUAGCAAGAUGAUGACACACUGAAAAUCCAGAAGAAUCCAAACCACAGAUUCUUCCCCUCUAUAAUACACCACCUGACACUGCAUUCAUCUCGACAGUGUUGAGCUUUUUAACUUCCUCCAAGGCCCCAAAACUCAAUCUCAAACAUAGCAAUGCCAAAACUUGAGAAAUCUAACUCUCUUCUACUAUAUCAAACAAUCCUUUAUGUAAUGAGAAAAGAACUGGGCAAUGAAGAAAGAAAUUAUCAGUAUUUGCCUUACUAGUAUUCUCCCUACUCCUUUGACACAGUGCACUGGUGAGGAAGCGAAGAGUGAUAAGGUCUCCUCCUUUGAAGCAAGUCAUUAGUGUUAAGUUUCUUUGAUCAACAAUCCAAGAUAAAACUUGGACUUUAAUAGGUACUUUUGUUGCAUUUUAUGCUUCUAGUCAUUGAGAUGAUUCUAUGGCAGGAUAUAUUGGAUAGAUGGAGUCUUCCAAAGAGACAGGCUGCCGAGCUCCAGAAGGCCCCAUUCUUUGCGUUAACAAUUGUGGCUUCUUUGGUAGUGCAGCCACUAUGAACAUGUGUUCCAAGUGUCACAAGGACAUGAUCUUGAAGCAGGAACAGGCAAAGCUUGCAGCUUCCUCCAUUGAGAAUAUUGUGAAUGGCAGCUCUGGCAGCAAUGGGAAGGAGCCUCUGGUUGCUGGUGCCGUGAAUAUGCAAGCUGGACCUGUGGAGUUGAAGGUUGCUCCUACACAAGCAGCCAGUGAUUUAUCCUCAAGCCAGAGUUCAGAGGCAAAGGCGAAAGAGGGUCCAAAUAGGUGCAGCACUUGCCGCAAGCGUGUGGGUCUAACAGGUUUCAAUUGCAGGUGUGGAAAUCUCUUCUGUGCAGUUCAUCGCUACUCUGACAAGCACGACUGUCCAUUUGAUUAUCAGACUGCGGGUCGGGAUGCUAUAGCCAAAGCCAAUCCCGUCGUUAUAGCAGAAAAGCUUGAUAAGAUCUAG